GGCUCUCGCCUGGCCUGGCCUACUCAUCUUGAAUGCUUCAGUUUUGUGUCGAAUCGAAACCAAAAAAAAAAAAAAUCAUAAGGAGGAGGACGAGGGAGGAGGAAGUCGUCUGAGAGGGACAAUCAAUACGACACCGCUUUGAGAGGGACCUUUUAAGCCAGAAACGCCGAUUAUUAAAAAAGAAACGAACUAUCUCCCACUUAUUAAAGAGAGAGAGAGACAGAGGGAGAAAACAAGAAUGGAGGAAACGAAUCAUUCAUAAAUGCUAUUCCUCUUUUUCGUCUUUAUAUCUCAUUCAUUGGUUCAGUGUUUUCUCUGAUCCCUAAUUUACUCUCUUUCUCACUGGUUGCGUUUGGAAUCUGAGAAAAUGGGUUUGAUUUCGGGGAUUUUUAUGGGGAUGAUCUUGGGGAUUGGGUUAAUGGCUGGAUGGCGUCACAUGAUGAGGCAACGCAGCACCAAGCGAAUUGCUAAGGCUGUUGAUAUUAAACUCCUUGGGUCCCUCAGCAGAGAGGAUUUGAAGAAAAUCUGUGGGGACAAUUUUCCCGAAUGGAUAUCUUUCCCUGUCUUUGAACAAGUGAAAUGGCUGAACAAGCAACUAAGCAAAUUGUGGCCAUAUAUUGCAGAUGCAGGAGAAAUGGUGAUUAAAGAAUCUGUUGAACCAUUAUUGGAAGAAUACCGACCUGCAGGAAUUACUUCAUUAAAGUUUACCAAAUUGUCUCUGGGUCGUGUAGCACCCAAAAUUGAAGGUAUUCGUGUCCAGAGUCUUAAAAAAGGUCAGAUCAUAAUGGAUAUUGAUUUCAAGUGGGGUGGUGAUCCAAGCAUCAUAUUAGGUGUAGAAGCGGCAAAGGUUGCUUCAAUUCCAAUUCAGUUGAAGGAUCUUCAAGUUUUUACUGUUAUUAGGGUCAUCUUCCAACUUACUGAAGAGAUUCCUUGCAUUUCUGCUGUCGUUGUUGCCCUGCUCUCUGAGCCAAAGCCUAUAAUUGAUUAUACUCUGAAGGCUGUUGGUGGAAGUUUAACGGCCCUUCCUGGAAUUUCAGAUAUGAUUGAUGAUACUGUCAAAACAAUUGUCACUGAUAUGCUCCAGUGGCCCCACAGGAUUGUAGUUCCGAUUGGUGGUCUUCCUGUUGAUACAAGUGAUUUGGAGCUUAAACCGCAGGGAAAACUUAGCUUGACAGUAGUAAAAGCUAAUAGUUUGAAAAACAUGGAAAUGAUCGGAAAAUCUGAUCCAUAUGUGGUCGUGUAUAUACGGCCUCUGUUUAAGGUUAAAACAAAGGUUGUUGAAAACAACUUGAAUCCUGUUUGGAAUCAAACAUUCGAGAUGAUUGCAGAAGACAAGGAGACUCAGGCACUUAUUGUUGAGGUUUUUGAUCAGGAUAUUGGGCAAGAUAAGUGCUUAGGAAUAGCAAAAAUACCUUUGAUUGAGCUGGAAGCAGAAACUUUGAAAGAGUUUGAUCUGAGAUUGCUGCCAUCACUCGACACUCAGAAAGUAAAAGACAAGAAGGACAGAGGAACUGUUACAAUUAAGGUUUUGUACCAUGAAUUCGACAAGGAUGAGCAACUGGCUGCACUGGAGGAAGAGAAAAGAAUCUUGGAAGAAAGAAAGAAACUUAAAGCAGAAGGAGUUAUAGGAAGCACAAUGGAUGCUCUUGAUGGAGCGGCAUCACUGGUUGGUUCUGGUGUCGGGAUGGUGGGUGCUGGCAUUGGCACCGGAGUUGGGCUUGUUGGAAGUGGCAUUGGCACUGGAGUUGGGCUUGUGGGAAGUGGCAUUGGUACUGGUGUCGGAAUGGUUGGGAGUGGGCUUGGAGCUGUGGGGAGUGGCCUUAGCAAAGCAGGGAAGUUCAUGGGCAGGACCAUUACAGGACAAUCCAGCAACUCUAGGAGAAGUGGCUCCACAACUCCCGUGAACAGCAUCCAAGAGAAUGGCGGUGUAAAACCAAGAAAGGACUAGACAGCUGCUGCUGGAAUGUGCUCAUGAAUCGUUGUGGUUUGUCUUGUUUAAAUAUCAGAUGGAAUUCAAUUUUAAGCUUGUUUUUAUGUUUAUAGAAUUUUACACUUUCUUGCCAAUUUGGAAUGUCAUGGAUAUGAGGUAGUUACAGUGCACCAACUUUGUUUCAGAUGUAUCAUUCUGUUUUGUUGUGUAUGUCUGCUGAAAUGAAUUGUGUAAUAAAACUUCAUAAGCUGUAAAAAUAGCUCUUUCUACUA